GCUAUCUUCUCAUGCAAAUACCAUCGAAUCUGUUCCUGAACAAGAUUGGCAAACCGGCUAUCUACCUCCCAGCAUGUAUGAUGGUAUGGGGCGUUAUCUCGACGGCUACUGCUUCUGUCAAGAACUUUGGUGGUCUCAUUGCCAUUCGGUUCUUUCUAGGUUUCGUUGAGGCAGCUUACUUUCCAGGUUGCCUCUAUUACCUGAGUUGUUGGUACACACGCAAGGAACUAGGUCUACGGACGGCAAUGCUGUAUUCCGGAUCGCUGAUAUCAGGUGCCUUCUCCGGGCUCAUCUCCGCAGGAAUCACGCAGAAUAUGAAUGGUGCAAGGGGUCUAAGUGCCUGGAAGUGGCUGUUCAUCAUAGAAGGUGUCAUCACCAUCGGAGUCUCGUUUUGUGCUUUCUUCGUGGUCCCAAACUUCCCUCGAACGACAUCAUGGCUGACCGAGGAAGAGAAAGCGCUUGCUAUCUGGAGGCUAGAAGAAGAUAUUGGAGAGGAUGAUUGGAUCGACAGCGAGCACCAGUCUCUGUGGAUAGGGGCUAAGCAAGCGUUUGCUGAUUUGAAGACAUGGGUCUUGCUUCUCCUAGUUUUAGGCAUCAUCUCAAGCGCCUCCGUCACGAACUUCUUCCCGGCUGUAGUCAAGACCCUGGGCUACAAUAAUAUUGACACGCUACUUCUGACGUGCCCUCCGUACGUAUUGACCGUCAUCACGACAUUCGUAAACGCAUGGCAUGCGGACCGAACGGGUGAGCGGUAUUGGCAUAUCAUGGGAUCUCUGGUAGUCGCUAUGGCGGCAUUCAUCCUCGCGGCUGCAACUACGGGUCUAGCUCCUCGAUAUGUGGCUAUGAUGCUUAUGGUUCCUGGAGUGUACAGUGGUUUUGUCGUAGCUCUCGCCUGGAUCAGCAACACUCUUCCCCGACCACCGGCUAAACGUGCAGCGGCUCUCGCCUUCAUCAACGCGGUAUCUAACGCAUCGAGUAUCUACGCGUCCUACAUGUACGAGGACAGCAUGGCGCCCCGCUAUGUGAUUGCCAUGUCUGUCAACUGCGGUACCAUAUUCCUCUCAAUGGUGGCGGCUACAAUCUUACGCUUCAUGCUCGUCCGGCUGAACAAGAAGUUGGAUCAGGGCAUAUACGUUGAAGGUGCUAUUAACGCUCUGCCGGGGACUGCUGCUCAGCAUGGCUUCAGAUUCAAGGUUUGAUGCGAUGAUCGUAUGAAUGGAAGUGGAUGAGAACAUAGAUAUGGCUAGGGGCUUUCGAACCUGUAUAUUUGUUGAGUGAAAACUUGCAUUAAAAAGCAGGAACUGCCAAAGAGGACACUUGCUACUACGUAUAUAUCUAAAGAGAGCAACCACCUCCCUAUGCAUCUAUGCCAUGCUUCCUGGUGAAAAGGGGCUAGCAGUGUCCUGAUAGAAUCAACUGUACUUGCUUCUUUGCUUUUUGUCAUGUUUCUUAGAGUGCCAGGCAGGAACGCAGAUGAACUUAUUGGGCUCUUUCCCAUUCGUUCCCGGUCUUUUUUCCGAAUUCGAGAUCGGAGUCGCGUACUUGCCGUUGUCGCCGUUGUCUUCUUAUCCA